UCUUUGGUUUAGUUGGGUGUGGGCGGGUUUAUAACCAUAAAGGAUGUGGGUUCGAGUCCAACUCGUGGAAAAUAGCUUUAUUUUACGAAUAAUAUUUUUAGAAAAUUUAUUUAUGAAACCUGGGGUACCAAAAAAUUUUCUCUAGUGUUUUUUUAAAUUUUUUAUACAUUUUUGAGGCUAUUAAAAUUUAUUUAAAUAAUUUUUAUUAUGAAUCCUGUCGUUGAAACAGUUGAAUAUCGACCACAGGAUCACUCAACUACAACAAAUACAAACAACAAAAAAGAAGACGACAAAGCCUCUCCAUCAAAAAACAAAGAAGAAAUAAAAGAUUUGACUCAAAUAAAAAGAUAUCCUUACAAUCAACCUUUCCCUGGGGCUGCGGAAGCAACGAAACAAGUUUUGGAAGACGACACAAAUAAAAAUAAAAUGGCAAAUUUGAAAUUUAAAGGAGUUGGAAGUUAUAAAUCUAAACGGGUUUUUAAGGUUAUAAUAAUUGGAGAUGCGGGUGUGGGCAAAACUUGUUUAAGUUAUCGCUUCUGUAAUGGACGCUUUCCUGGACCGACCGAGGCAACUAUUGGCGUGGACUUUCGUGAACGCUCUAUAAUUAUUGAUGAGGAAUUGAUUAGAAUACAAUUGUGGGACACAGCAGGUCAAGAAAGAUAUCGUCAAUCAAUUGUAGCCCAUUACUACAGAAAUGUAAAUGCUGUUGUUUUUGUUUAUGAUAUAAAUAACGUUCAAUCAUUUAAAUCUUUGCCUGCCUGGAUUUUGGAAUGUAAAAAUCAUGCUUUAACUUCUGGAGAUGAUACACCCCAUAUUUUAAUAGGAAAUAAAUGUGAUUUACAAACAACAAAUAAUGAAAGAAUUAAAACUGAACAGGCACAGAUUUUUGCUGACGAGAACGAUAUGGCAUUAUUCGAAACCUCAGCAUUUGCUGAUUCUGAAGCUGAUCAUAUAGAAGCAAUUUUUAUGACUUUGGUACAUAAAUUACGUCAUAGCAAGCCUAUGCAUGUUCAAUCAAAUGAAGAAAGAAGUUUAAAAGGACAACAAAAAAUUCUGUUAAAAGCUAAUGAGAUUGGGAAUGAAGAGGAUAAUGAAGAAGAAGGAAUGUGUUGUUAAUUGAGUAUUAAAUAUUUCCAUAUCUGCAAAUAUUCUCCGCAAAAAAAUUUUUUGUCCGCAAAAAAAUUUUUUGUCCGCAAAAAUUUUUUUUGUCCGCAAAAUAAAUUACGGACAAUAUUUAUUAUGGGCCAGAGUUGGGACAGCUAAGUAGUCUCUCCUUUAUCUCGUUGUUAAUAGUCUCGGUCGAUCAAUCCCCAUUCGGUCUCUAAUUGAAGGGGAAAUGGAAUUUCUAGCAGGUAUUUGUGGACCCCCUUAUCUUUUAUGUUUCUCUUUUAAGGGUUUCUUUGUGUCCGGGCAUAAUUUAAUAUUUUUUCCUUUUCUUUUAAUAUUUCUUUUAAAAACUUUGCCUUUUUUCAAUUUCUUCUUAAUUCCAAUCAAAUUUUUUGUUCACAAUUAUGGCUUAAUCUUUGUGUUAUUUUCUUUUAU